AUUUGCGUUGCAUUUGUGGUUUCCUCUCCUACUCGCUCCCUCGUGGAAAUCAGACAUCCAUCAAUCCACUUGAAGUGCACGGUGCCCUACCGCCGCCGUCUCAUCUACGACCCCUCAAUCCUCGACCGCCGCUCGCCCUCAACACCGCUGUCUACGACGUACAUUUGGAGUUUUUUUUUCCCAUUUACAUUCCGCUCAGCACAAUCGAUUCAUUGUAUAGGAACGAGCUGUUGAUUCCUUUUUACUGCGCUCUUACUUUGCAACCUACUUCCUGGAAUUUUUGCAUCGCAUCUCCAAUCCGUCCGAUCACCCUGUUGUAGCCAGCCAGGUCAUCCGUCACGAGACAUUUGUCAGACUCGACCCAACCAACCGACCCUUCCGAACUAGAACACUUCGGACUCCAGCUACCUACACCCACGCCCGAUCCACCUUUGCCAUAACGUCAUUUGAGAAGAACCACAGCAAGCCUCUUCUUUCACACAAGCCGCACAAAUUGACGGGAAGCACCUUCCACUGUCUACGACAUUCUCAAACUUCCUACCCGUCUCGUACUGCUAUAAGCCUGGACGACGGUCAUCCAUCAAGCAGGCGCCCUACAAAGACUGCCUUCCAGGGGCUGCGCAACGGUCUUUGUUUUGUGUACCCAAGCGCCUGACAUCAUCAGUCAGCCCCAAGUCGAGCCAUCUACCUUGUCUACCUCCCUCCAUCCCUCGCGGUCUAGCCCCUCCACGGCCGGACGCACUACAGAUUGACACAAUGUCAACCAUUCAGCAGCUCAAGAACUUUAUUCGUCAUGGCAAGCAGGCCAGGGUAGCUAACAACUACGACGAGUCCCAAAAACACGACAACUCACCUCCUCGCCACGAUCCUGCCCCUGUUAAGAACAUGGCGCCGGUUUCAGAACCUGCGUAUGGCGGAGUACCAGCUCAUCAGCCUGCGCCAAACGCAUAUUCAGUCCAGCCGGGCAACGACGCAACGAACCGCGCUGCACAGGCUGGCAACGUCGCCGCUCACCACGCCGAGGCUGACCAAGGUGUUCAACAUGGAAUCCCAAAGAGCAAGAGCAAGCGCAUUGACGAGAGUAACAUUGCCAAGCUGGUGGCCGAGGAGGCUGCAAGCAAGUCUAAAUUUCCCAAGUACCCCGGUCUGGAGAAUUGGGAGCUUUUGGAAAAGAUGGGAGACGGUGCCUUCAGCAACGUAUAUCGAGCUCGGGAUCUCGAGGGCAAGAUGCCAGGCGAGGUAGCAAUCAAGGUUGUCCGCAAGUUCGAAAUGAGCAGUAUGCAGGGAAACAAGCAUCUGCAUCCGGAUUUCAAACCCAAGGCUCCCAAAGCUGCAGAGCGCGCCAACAUUCUCAAAGAGGUGCAAAUAAUGCGCCAACUUGAUCACCCCAACAUCAUCAAGAUGGUCGAUUUCAGCGAGUCAAAGCAAUACUACUACAUCAUUCUCGAGUUGGCACCAGGUGGCGAGCUUUUCCAUCAAAUUGUCAGACUCACAUACUUUAGUGAGGAAUUGUCAAGGCACGUUAUCGUGCAGGUCGCCAAGGCACUUGAGUAUUUGCAUGAGGAGCGGGGAGUUGUUCACAGAGACAUCAAGCCUGAGAAUAUUCUCUUUUCACCAAUUCCAGUGGUACCAUCGAAGCACCCCAAGCCGAAGCAACCCGGCGAUGAGGACAAGGUCGAUGAGGGCGAGUUCAUCAAGGGUGUUGGUGGCGGCGGCAUUGGCCAGAUCAAGAUUGCCGAUUUUGGUCUAUCCAAGAUCGUAUGGGAUAACCAAACUAUGACGCCCUGCGGUACUGUCGGUUACACGGCACCAGAAAUUGUCAAGGAUGAACGCUACUCAAAGUCGGUAGACAUGUGGGCCCUUGGGUGUGUUUUGUACACGCUACUGUGUGGCUUCCCACCAUUCUACGAUGAGAGCAUCGAGAUCCUUACGGAGAAGGUUGCCAAGGGCCAGUACACUUUCCUGUCGCCCUGGUGGGAUGACAUAUCCAAGUCAGCACAGGAUUUGAUCAGCCACCUUCUGACGGUCGACCCGGAAAAGCGAUUUACCAUCACUGAAUUCCUAGCCCACCCCUGGAUUCGUGGUUCGGGACCGACACCCCGCGACGAGAAGAAGUUCGCACCGGACGGUAUGCUUCGCGCUUUCGAUGCCGGAAGGCUACAGGAUGGCGAUCGUCGUUACGACUUCAGAUCACCUGGUGCCGUCAACCUGCGUGAGGUGUUCGAUGUUGGUUACGCUGUGCACAGACAGGAGGAAGAAGGCAAGCGCCGCAAGCAGGUUGGGACCAAGGCCGGCGGAGGCCCAGCCAUCCUCAACAACCUCAACGAGGAAGAUGAGGAUGCUAGCAUGCGUGAUGCCGAUAGCGAUGAGAGCGGCGACUACUCGCAUAAGAAAGCGGGCACCAACGCAACGCAGUCACUGGAGCAGAGCAUGCGCAACGCCAAUAUUCGCGGUGAGAAGGAAGCCCAAAGGGGACGGGAGCGCGAAAGCAACAAGGGUGCCCCGACGGCGGUUGGGGAGCCGCAACAACGGGGUUACGGACAGCACUCGGCAGCGGUGACAGCUGCCGCGAGACAGCAGGUCAGGGAUCGCAACCGACAAAAGGGAGCGUUUGAGCUGAACCUCGAUGGUGCUACAUUGUUGGGGAGGAGAGGAGUGAAGCAAGCACCUCCCGUCGCAUAAAGUCGACUCGAGGCGCCUCGGCAUCGUAAUACGGAGCAUUUGCUCUAGUUAUCCUAUGGCAUCUAACGAUACCAUGCGUCUUCCACAAGAAAUAUCCACAGCCACUGUUUGACUUGAUCAGGGGGAAACUCAUCUCAGCAUCAGCAUUGGAACUUAUCAAGAGCGUUUUUUGAAACGCUUGACGGCCUUUUCGUUCGUUUAUUGCACUUCUCUUUUUGUUAGCUUGGCCGGUUUAGUUGGCAUCUGGGCGUUCUGGUGGCAUACAAGGAGGAUCUGAGUCCAGUCUCCUCGGGUGAUUUUUAGCAUUUGUUUAUCGCGUUUGCCCAGUUUUGUCAAUAUUUAUUAUCUUUCGCAAUUUCACCGAGGUCUUGUAUUUUGAUUGCUGUCAUUGUCCAUAUCAUUUAUCAAUGGUCCUAAAAAGGAUCUGUCCAUGUGGCGGCUGUACGUCUUAUGCAUGAGCUUGGUCAUCCUUCUAUUUCUAAUUCUCUUCUCGAUGAUCCUUUUACCUUGACUUGGAUGACAGUAUUGUUACUCUCACCAAGUAAUCUUUAGAUAGCAAUGGUCAGGUUUCCUGCACCUUUUAAUGCUAAACUUUUACCUGAGUGA